AUGCCCAACCUCCGCCAGCCGCCAGGCUUUGCUUUGAGACCUUUUGGAUCUUUCGUGUCAGGUACUGCUGUGAAACCUGCAGUGCUGGAUCUGGCGAUCUACGAAGAAAGGCCUUCUGUGCGCCCGGCGCCGCUCCGGAUCGAUCCGGUGGACUCACUCUGCGAUCUGCUGCUGCGCCGCUUUCCCGAGCGAUUCCAGCUUCUGGAGCAGCGACAGGGGCCCGGCCAGAGGAUCCUGGCCACGAACUUCGGGCGCCCAAGCAGUCGCCAGGAGCUGCUGCUGUUUCAGGGCGAUCUGCUCUCUGGGGAGAUUGAUCUGACUCUUCAGUAUUUGUUGCCUCUGCACCCAGAGGCUGUAGCGAUGGUGAAGACUUUGAAGCGUUGGGCGUUUCGCUGCCGCCUCCAUCAGCCAGGGGAAGGGUGCUUUGGAUGGACGCUGCUGGUGGUUUUCUUUCUUCAGCAGCAGGGGUUUUUGCCGCCGCUGGAGGAGUUCAAGAGAGGUGAGAUGCCUCGCUUGCAGCCGGACCCGAGGGAACUCCGCGAGUUGAUCUUCGAAUUCGCCGACUUUGCCAUCAGCAUUUGGUCCAGGCCGCAUCCCCGUCCCAGCAUCAACAUCUGGAAGGGUCGACUGGACCCGGUGGAGGCAUCGCUUCCUUACACCCAUCCGGGUGACCGCGCGGUCGUGGAGGAGCUGCGUCGGCUGCGUCAGGAGGUGGGCGAUCCCUCGAGACGGUUGCAUCGCCUGGGGGAGUCAGGACAGCUGGCGCGGCAGAAUUUCAUGCGCCAAUUUCCGGAUCAUGACAUCACAGGCCGUACCAGCUCUACGCCCCCGCCCGUGGCACGCGGGCGCGGUGCGCUUCAGCCCGGUGCGCGGCGAGACCGGGCUGAGAUCAAACCACCCACGGCCACGAGUUCCAUGAGCCGUGCUUCCUCGGUGUCGCCGCUUACGGCUGCCAGUGCUGGGAGGCCUCCACCGCCGCGGAGUCGUUGGCACAUCGACGAGUCGUGGGUCGCCUAUAAGACCUGUCAGGGACGUGUGGUGGAGACGGUCCAAUUGCAUCCCGAAGAGCAGGGCCAACUGACCCGUGAAGGUUGGGCCCAAAGAUUCGAACGACGGGAGUGGCAAGUUCAUCUUGGCAAGAUCACUUCGGAGUACGAGCGCUGGGCAAGUCACUGGCUACGACACGGUCGAUCUGAGGCUGCCUUCGAAGCACAGUAUUUGAACUGGAGAGUGAAGUUGCAUAGCAAUCCACCUGCAUGA